UCAAUAUAACACGCAGAAGUGGUGAGAGGAGUGUCCGGGAAUCGGUCUAGGGUUUGAGUGCCGCCGCCGCCGUCGCCGCCGCCACCACCACCGCCGUCUUUCUCAUGGAAACAACCCCUAUCUCCUCGUCCUCCUCUAGUUCCACGAUGACGAUGGGCGAUGGAAACUCUCCUCCAGCCGCUGACCGCCCCACCCCCACCGAAGACUACGCAUCAUGGACAUGGAGGCAGAAGUUUGAGGACAUUGCUCGCUGCGAUCCGGCCCGUAAUAUCAUGCCAAAGCAUCCUGAGCAUGUUGCCUAUAUGAAGGCAAAGAUGCAGGAGCUGUUCAGUCGGUACGUGAAUCGUGUAUUCCCUAAACUACUCCCCGUACUUGAGAAGGACAGCGUCAAGGAGUUCUAUCAAGUAUGCAAACGCUGGGGCAUCUACAUGGGUCUCAGUGGGUCCCUUUAUCCGGAGAUCCUCUGCUCCAUGGCCUCCUACAACGCCCUGCGUUGCGCCAGGGUGGCGCUGGAGGGGGCCGAUCCGGAUCCGUUGCGCGGGCGCCGCGCCGACCCCAACGGCCGCCACCGUUACGGUUUCUGGCCCCUCCACAUGGCCGCCGAGACGUUCAGCGUGGACAUGGUCAGGCUCCUCUUCCAGCACGGCGCGUCGGCGAACCUCCGGACUGAGGGCGAGGACGUCAUCGAGGGCUUCCUCCCUCUUCACGUCGCCGUCGAGAAUGCCAGCAUGCACAAGUACCUGGAGGACCAUUGGGACGACGGUGACCCUGUCGACAACCUCAUCUUUCUCCUCUGUCUGCCUGAGAUGGAGAUGUUUUUGGACACGACUAGAUUAAUUGCCAAACACACAGAUAACAUCGUUGAUGAGGUAUUGAAUUACAUCGAUCAGGACAAGAUUGUUCAGGCUGCAAUUUUGCUGCUGACUGCUCAGAAGCAGCUCCGUGACCCCCUUGAUAAGAGCAGUGGCAAGGUUUCUCUAAAUGGAGUUGAUAUUGUUAAAAGCCGCAUUGGUGACGAUCUUGACGCCCUACAUCGUGAGAUGCUAGUUAUGGUUAAAGAGGGAAAAAAUGGCAAGGCGCUUAAGCAGUUGAAAGACAAGAAGGAAGCCCUUCUUACAACACGCGCACUAGUUGGUACUGUUCACAACGAUGGCAAAGCUGGGGAAGCCUUUGUUACAGCAUUUGAGGUUUCUCUGAAUGGGUUUGAUAUUGUUAAAAGCCGCAUUGAUGAAGCUCUUGACACCAUACAUCGUGAGGGAUUAGCUAUGGUUAAAGAGGGGAAAAAAGGUAAGGCGCUCAAGAAGCUGAAAGACAGGAAGGAAGCCCUUCUUACAGCACACGCAGUAGUUGGUAUUGUUCACAAAGCUGGAGAAGCUCUUGAGCGAUACAUUCAGACUCACUCACAGGUGACACAUGAUGAGAUUCUGGAACAUGUUUCAUCGAUUUUGAAAAGCAGUGGCAUCGUUCCUGUCGGGAAAGGCAUUGACACUGCAAACCUAGAAUGCUACAAAUAUGGUUGGGGAAUGUCAAUUGAUAGGUCAGGUUCACAAAGAGUGGACAGUGGGGAAACUAAUGAAGCUGACAAGUCAUCCUCUCUGAAAGACGAAGUUAGUAAAAGGAUGCUAAUUGCCUCAUGUAAACAGAUCCUGGGAAAGCGACCACCUAAAGGAUUGGCCUUAAAAGAAGUGAGAAAUAUGUUCUUCCCAUACUGGAAAUCGGUGCUGUCUUGUCGGUCACCGGUGAAGUUUGUUCGAACCUGUCAACCAAGCAGGAAGGACUUGCGUGCUGCAGCAAGUAGUAAGGGGACAAAGAGUAUCACAAACAAAUCAAUGGGAAAUCUUGGUUCGAUGGGAUGGCCCCAAGUCGCAAGCAACUAUGGAUGCAGAAGGAUGUUUUGUGUUGUUGCUUCAAUGUCCCGCAAGGUGUUAAAGCGUGCUUGAGCUGAGAUUUAUGGUGGUAAUAUUACACUUCCAUGCAUCAAGGUUUUACAUUUUUAAAGUCAGGCAAAAAAAAAAAAAAAACUCAUCUUGCUUGAAUAUCUUUUGCUAUAGUACUCCCCUACAGCUCAAUGUUGCUAGCCUCAGAAAGAUGAAACUGAUAGCAACAUGAGGAUGGCCCCGCAAAUUUUGUUGAAAUGAUUUCAUAUUACAGUUAGAAAGGAAAUGUAGUUGUGCAA